ACUCAUUAGCAUAAAACAAUUUAGUUUCAGCGAAAAUACAUUUACGCUAUGUCGGGUUGUACGAUGACUUCGAAGGUCGGCUUGAUUUUAAUAGGGUUGAUCUUCUGGGCUGUAGCGGCAGGCUUGUUCUUUGUCGGGGGAUGGGUUUUCAAUACCUACAAACAUUUCGAUGAAAUCGCAGAAGCCAACUUCACCCUGAUUCCUGCCUCCAUCAUCAUCGCAGUGGGUGUGAUGAUGUUUAUUGUUGGUUUGGUUGGAUGCACGGCAGCAUUUAAAGAAAACAAGUGCCUGUUGGCUGUGCUAUUCUCUUUCUUACUGGUGAUUCUAACAGCACUUAUAACAUCAGGAGCUCUUGGCUAUGGAUUCAGAAGUGAUGUUACCAAUGCGGUGGAGAACGGAUUACAGAAGGCAAUUGAUGCUUACAACUCAAACAGUACUCAGCGAGACCAGGUGGAUUACCUACAGAAACAUCUGAAGUGUUGUGGUGUAAACAAUGCCUCUGAUUGGCUGAGUGCUAAGACCUGGGCCCCAACUGCCAACAAAACCGUCCCAGAAAGCUGCUGUGUCUCAGGUGUUAACUGUACAGAGGAGCAGCGAAAAAUGGUCAACGAUCCUAAAUACAUCUACCAAAAGGGGUGCUAUGAGAAGUUAGAACAUGAAUUCAUGUCCAAUUUGGCCUACAUUGCAGGCACUGCCAUUGGUCUAGCUGUGAUUUUGGUCCUGGGCAUGAUCUGUAGCUGUAUCCUGUUCUGCCGCUCUAAGGAGGUCCGAUAUGAGGCACUAGGAGGACAGUAUGCAGGACUCCGUGUGUAGGAGCAGGACUGUGUAGGAGUGCUCCUGUGGAAGGCUGUAGGAGUAUCCUAUAGAUGACUGUUAUUGCACUAGAAAAUUUUUUCAGUUCCAAUAUUAACAACAAUAUUGCAACUUCAAACAAGCAUCAUGCACAGUGAUAAACUUACUUCCACCCCCCUUCCUUGUCAGUUUAAAAAAUUAAUGUGUCAUUUUUUUGGAAAAAAUAAUUAUUGAUUGAUUUGGUAACAGUUUUAUCAUGUGUUUAUGUGGGAUUAAUGUGUUUUGAUAAAAUAUUCCAUAUGUGUACAUUGCACUGCAAGAAGUAUGCAUAGCUAUACGUAGAGCUUUUUGAGACUGUACUGUUUCAAAAGAAAAUAACAAGAAAGAAUUACAACUUAAAAUUUUGUAAUUCUGCCAGUUCAAAUAUUAAACCAGUAAUUUUUCAAGCUGGAAAUCAGCAGUUACUUUCCCUUGUGAAUAUUUCAUGAAGGAGGGAGUUGCUAAACAAGCUGGAAUAGUGAUUGAAGCAUACCGGUAUGAGUCAAAAACUGUGUGGUGGCAUGAGAUUUUAAUUUUUCUAUCAGUAUGGAUUGAAUUUGAAUGUAAUUGGUUUAAUGGUGGAAUACAAGCUAUGUCAAACUCAAGUCCAGUUUUGGUUUUCAUUUAAUGUUUUACUGACGUCCAUUUGUACAUACUCCAUCUAUUGUCUUGAAGUAUUUUGUGUAGUGCACAGCUAAUGAUCCUUUACUUGCCCUGUGAUAAUGAUUUUUGCUGAAGAGGCAUUAAAUAUCCUGUCAAUUUUGACUAUCAAAGCUAGUCUUUUUUUGCAAAUAAAUUAAUGUCCAAUGUUUUGAUAUGUAAAUUUUGACUAUCAAAGCUAGUCUGUUUUUACAACUACAUUAAUGUCCAAUAUGCUGAUAUCAUGUAAAUUUUGACUAUCAAACCUAGUCUGCUUUUACAACUUAAUUAAUGUCCAAUGUUCUGAUAUGUAAAUUUUGACUUUGAAAGGUAGUCUGUUUUUACAACUAAAUGUACAUGUACAAUGCAAUGUGAUUUUUUUUUUUCCUUUUUGUCUUGAUUAUUACGGAUUUCCUGAAAAUGUAAAUAGUGAUAUUGUUUGCAUAAGGUUAAAUGCUUGGUAGAGUAUUUAGUUUGCAUGGCUGAUGGUUAAUGGUGGCAUUAAAUUAUUUCAGUGUCAGUUACAUGUACAAAAAGAAGGUACAAGGAGUAGAGAAGAAAUUUUUUUUAACCAACAUAAAUUUUUGAACUUUAUAUAUGGCCAAGAGACUUAUUUUGAAUGCAUGUAUAUCGCCAACAGAUUUUAAACAGUAUUUUGAUUCCUGUUUUUUUCAAUUACUAGUUGUGAUAAAAGUUCAAAAGAAAAAGAUUGUAAUAAAACUUCUGGAAGAAUAUUAGUAAGGAUUGGAUCAAAUGUAGUGGUUGAUCUCAAUGUAAAUGUAUCCCAUGCUGCAUUUUCAGCAGUAUGAAAAGUCUUUAAAUCAUUCAAUUAUUUAUUAAUUUGUAGUGGCUUAAAAAUGGUGUCAGAUUGUGAUAUUUUAAUUGAAUAUGUAUAUUCUUGAUAUCAAAGAAUUUCAACUGAUUUUGAAUAUGCAAAUAGAUUUUCAAUCAUGUAAAUGUGCACACAUAUUUGGCAUAAUAUUAUUUUUUUAAACAACAAAGAUAAAACAACUCUUUUUUUUUUAGGAAGAAAAAACUGUUUGUAUUAUGAAUCUCUUUUAUUUGGAUUAUUUGCUCUUUGUUGUUGUUUUUUCUAGUAAAUUUGAAAAUACAAA